AUGCUGAUGAUACUGUUUUUUGUUGGAGAGGCUGUGUGGGACAACAUUCAUGCUAUUAAGGCCAUCUUAAGAGGAUUUGAAUUAGCUUCUGGUUUAAAGAUUAAUUUUGCCAAAAGCCAAUUUGGGGUUAUUGGUGAUGGUGUUAAUUGGGCUAGGGAAGCAGCUAAUAACCUGAACUGUCGGCAGCUGGAAUGUCCUUUCCUUUACUUAGGCAUACCUAUUGGGGCUAAUCCCUCUAGCCAGCUGGUGUGGGAGCCUACUAAAUUCAAGUCAAAAUUAGCCAAAUGGGCUCAGAAAAAUAUAUCCAUGGCUGGGAAGGCUGAUGGGGGGCUGGGGAUAAAAGAUAUCUCCAAAUUCAACUCAGCUUUGAUGGGAAGAUGGUUAUGGGCUUUUGCAUCUGAUCAACAACAACUAUGGGCUAGGGUUAUAACCUCUAAAUAUGGUGGUUGGUCAGAUCUUCAAAAUGCUAGAGACAAAAGGGGCUAUUCCCAUUGGUGGAGAGACAUUAGAAACUUGUACCAUCAGCUAGACUGCAGUAUUUUUAAAGAUAACUUGUCUUGGAAGGUUGGGUGUGGGGAAAAUAUCAAGUUCUGGAUUGAUAAUUGGCUAGGGGAACAAUACUCCCUGCAGCAGAAGUACUAUAAGCUAUUCCUCAUAAGUAGACAACAAAGGGAUCUCAUCUCUCAAGAAGAAGAAAAUUUUCUAUGUACACUUGUUGACUCCAAGAAAAACCCCAUGCCCAAUAGGAAGGAUCUCAUACAAAGUGAACAAAGAGGGACUUAA